GCAGUCGGCCCGUUUCAGACUGUCCGUGUCCCGGCUCCGCAGCGGCACCACCUCUGUUUGAGCGGCCCUCCACCCGAUACCGGCACCCUCCCAUAUCUCAGACGUCAUGAACACGAUGCUGGUCAGCUGCCUUUUGGUCGGACUGGUCAUCAGCUCUCAGGCCGCCAGCGUGUGCGGCUUCGACCACAAGGCGCAGGACCAGAGCCAAAGUCUGGAGAGCCUGUACGACAUGUGGCAGAUGCAGAAGCUGGCGCGGGCGCCCUACGACCACCAGCUGAUCAGGAAGAGCUCUGCCGGCCCCCUCCGGCUCCGGUUUGGCAAGCGGACCCUCGGAGACCGGAUCGCCGAGCUGCUGGCUGAGCGGCGCGCCUCUGCAGACCUAUACGGCCCCGACGACCUCUCCAAGUCGGUGUGAACACCCCACCCGCCCUGUAGAAAACCCUCCGCGUCCCAUCUCAAAAGCAUGUCCCCGCGGCGGACUAUGCCCGCCGCCACAGAGAGCAUAGUCAUCCGGACCGUUCGGCCGACCAGAAAUUCGUGCAAACACGCGCCGCAGCGCUCGUGAAGCCGCCGCUGCUGCUACCUCUGCUGUUGCUGCUGCUGUAGCUGCCGCUGCCGCUAUUGCUGCUGCUGUUACUGCUGCUGCUGUCGCUGCUGCCGUUAUUGCUACUGCGCCCCAGAAAGUCCGAUAAAGUAUUGGUUUAAACCGAGCGCGGUUAAUAUGUUUCCGUCAGCGUGAAGAUUCGGCGUAUUUUGAGCGCAUGCCGCCGAAAGUGUCGCGCUGCUGGCCGAAUUUCCGACCAAAGACAGUAUGGCGUCAUACUAUUAUGACGUCAUUGUAGCUCCGGCCGGUAGUUGGUGGCUCUGGGAUUGCUGACUGGUGACCCCCUGGUGACGUCACAGCCGGCUGCGUCCGGUGGUCGGCAGUACAUAACUAAUGGGCUCUGCUGGUCAGCGACCCCCUCAUGACGUCACACGCGGCGGGCCCUGCUGAUCGGUGAAUCCUGAAGGCAGUCCCGCGACGCCGACACACAUAUUUCGUCGCGUAUGUUCCGUACUUGGCCGUGUAUGACAUUCAGAGAGCAAAUAUACGAACUGGUUAUGAUUCCG